AUGGCCACGCCGUCUCCACCGGUGAGUGUUCCUCCCGCAACUCCAGCUGCAGCACCCGCUGCUACUCCGGCUCCGGCUCCGGCCCCGGCCCCGGCCCCGGCCCCGGCCCCGGCUCCAGCUCCGGCUCAGACGCCAGCCCCGGCUCAGGCUCAGGCUCCAACUCCUGCCUCAUCCUCAGACCCGACCGCCGCAGCGGCUACGACCGCGGCCUCGGGGCAGAACCCGGCCUCAGUGCAAGCGUCGGCGCAGACCCCGGCGCCACUGCCGCCUGGUCCGGCUCUUCCAGGGCCCUUCCCUGGCGGCCGUGUGGUCCGGCUGCACCCGGUCAUUUUAGCUUCCAUUGUGGACAGCUAUGAGCGACGCAAUGAGGGCGCUGCCCGAGUGAUCGGGACCUUGUUGGGAACUGUCGACAAGCACUCAGUGGAAGUUACCAACUGCUUUUCGGUGCCUCACAAUGAGUCUGAAGAUGAGGUGGCUGUUGACAUGGAAUUUGCGAAGAACAUGUAUGAAUUGCACAAGAAAGUAUCUCCAAAUGAGCUCAUCCUAGGCUGGUAUGCUACAGGCCAUGACAUCACCGAGCACUCUGUGCUGAUCCAUGAGUACUACAGCCGAGAGGCACCCAACCCCAUUCACCUCACUGUGGACACAAGCCUCCAGAGUGGCCGCAUGAGCAUCAAGGCCUAUGUCAGCACUUUAAUGGGUGUCCCUGGGAGGACCAUGGGUGUGAUGUUCACACCUCUGACAGUGAGAUACGCAUAUUAUGACACCGAACGCAUUGGAGUUGACCUGAUUAUGAAGACCUGUUUUAGUCCCAAUCGGGUGAUCGGGCUUUCAAGUGACUUGCAACAAGUUGGAGGGGCAUCAGCCCGCAUCCAGGAUGCCCUGAGCACAGUGUUACAGUAUGCAGAGGAUGUGCUGUCUGGAAAGGUGUCAGCAGACAACACUGUGGGCCGCUUCUUGAUGAGUCUGGUUAACCAAGUACCAAAAAUUGUUCCUGAUGACUUUGAGACCAUGCUUAAUAGCAACAUCAAUGACCUGCUGAUGGUGACCUACCUGGCCAAUCUUACACAGUCACAGAUUGCCCUCAAUGAGAAACUUGUAAAUCUAUGA